AUGGAUCUGGACGUGGAUUCCGUUUUACGGGUAGCUCGGAGGACGGCUGGUGGCGUCGCACACGGAGAGUGCUGCGCAGAGCCCGUCGGCUUAGUUAUCCCAGAAUACCCUAAUGAGCUCAUGUCGUCUCCUAAACCCUCUGAGGCGUCUCUACGACUGCGAGGCACAGACGCCGAGAGGAUACCUACCGUCCUGGAUCCCGGAGCGUCCACUGCCGUCACACUAUAG